AUGAAUGGAUCAGCUUCCUCGCAAUCUUACUCUGUUCCACUGAAUGCACGGCGGGUGUUUGAAGAAGGGAUUCUCAAUAAAGGCUGGAUCAGAAAGCACUUGCCUCCUGAAGCAGUCGAUUUCUCAGCUCGAAUCACAUUCUCUGGCAACAAUGAACCCAGUAUUCCCGUCAACUGGCGCUUUGCAGAGUCAGCAGCGGCGCUCAAGGCCCUCGAGGCAUCUCUUAUCGCAGCAUUAAUGAAGAAGAAAGAAGGUCUCUCGGUCGACAGGGCCACAAUUAACACCGACCACGCUCAGCUCUUUCUGAUGUCUUGCUAUCUAUGGACAAUCAAUCCCGACUCUAAAGAUGCUAUCUCGCGCACUCGGAAUGCACAUCUCCUUGACAAGAUGAUUCCGGACUACAAUUUCCAUGGGAGGGAUACAACACUGUACCGUAAAAUGGUCACAAGUAUCUAUCGAACAGCAGAUGGGCGCUACUUCAAUCUUCACGGGAGUCUGCAGCCAGAUAUUACCUUGGACAUGCUUGGGCUUCCGCGUAACAUGGAAGUGUCAAGCAAUGAAGAAGCUGUGGCGCCUUUUAUCGAGCGAAUCUCAAGAUAUGACAGCGAGGAUUUGCAGCAUCAAGUAUCGGAUGUCCACCAACAAGCCGGUGUCAUCUGCCAUUCUGCUGAUUCAUUCCGGGAAACCGAGCAUGGAAAAGCAAAUUCUCAUGUAUCGCUGUUUGAGAUCCACGACUGUCCAUCUUCAGCACAAGUUCCAACAUGGUGGUCCACUCCCUCUGGUCAGAAUCCUUCUCAAAGACCACUUGCAGGUCUCAAGGUAGUGGAUAUGUCCCGAAUCAUUGCCGCACCAGCGAUAUCUCGCGGCCUUGCUGAACUAGGAGCAUCCGUCAUGCGCGUCACUUCCCCGAAACUUCCAGAUCUUCAUAAUCUACAUAUUGAUCUUAACUGGGGCAAAUGGAACUGCAGUAUAGAUCUUACGACAGAGGAAGGGAAGCAAAAUUUACGUGAUCUUAUUUCCGAAGCAGACGUUGUCAUUCAAGGUUAUCGACCCGGUUCGCUCGAGAAGCACGGUUUCGGCCCACAAGGCAUCUUAAACAUGACGAAAGAUCGUCUGCGAGGAAUUGUCAUACUUCAAGAGAACUGCUACGGGUGGUACGGUCCUUGGUCUCACCGCAGUGGCUGGCAGCAGAUCAGUGAUUCCUGCGUUGGUGUAUCUCAUGCCUUCGGCAAGGCCAUGGGACUGAAAGACGGAGAGAGCGUAACGGCAAUUUUUCCAAACAGUGAUUAUAUGACCGGUGUCUCCGGCAUUUGUGCUGUGCUAAUCGCCUUGAUGAAGAGAGGGGAGACCGGGGGUAGUUAUAUCGCUGAGACGGCCCUGAACUACUACAACCAGUGGCUCGUGAACGAUGUUGGCGAGUAUCCAAAAGAUGUAUGGGACACCCUGUGGGCUCAGAAUGGCAGGAUGAAAUUUCGGUAA